AUGUUAACUACGAAUUUGUCAAUUUUUUGUGAACGAAAUCAGAAGUAUAAGCAGAGGUUUUCACUUUUUGGGGAAUUUAGUAAACUUAAAUCUGAUAAAAUUUUGGAGAUAUUAUGUGAAUUUUUGAUGCAACCAGAGUGCACAAAAGAUGUUGCAGAUUGUUUUCCAGAAUUAUUACCAGCGCUUAUUUCGGUAGCAAUACCUGCAGACGACAUAAAAUCAUCAGCAUUGAUAGACAAGGAUAUUAUUCAUCGAUUGAAUUGUGUUAUACUAGGAAAGCUGCUUGAUGUUAAUCAAGAUUUACUAGUAUUUGUCUUACAUUACUUUGAUGUUAAUCCAGCUCCAUUUGAACCUUUUGACCAUUCUCCUGAUACAGUUACAACAUCAAAGAGACAAAACAAAAGAAAACUUUCAUAUAUCUCAGAAGUAUCUGAAUAUGACUUUGUUGUUGCAUGCCAUAGUAUUUUGAGGUCUGCUAUUAGCCAUUUCAAGCAUAAAUGGAAUUGGUCUAGAUUUUACAAGUAUUUAAUAAAUGCUGAUGACAGAGUAAAGUGGGUUGCCUUAAAAUGUAUAGCAAUAGUUUUGAACAUGUCUGAAUCAACGAGAUUGUCAUGCGCACAAACAUUUAUUUCAAAUUUUGAAAGAUUUUUAAUUGAUAAUGAAGACAAGGGUGUAAAUACUGGUAUUGUUUGUGCCAGAUUUGAGUCAGUAGAAGACAUAAUUAAAAAUAUCUCGUCUGUUGUAUCUGUCGGUGGCAUUUUAUUGCCCACUCUUGACAGAAAACAGAACAACUACAACUUGGUUUCGGUUCCUUCUACAAGGAAAAAUCUGCAGAGUCUGGCCAUAGCUGUUGGUUCCAGAAAAUGUAUCUGCUUGCAAGGACCAGUUGGUUGUGGUAAGACGGCUCUUGUGGAGUAUUUAGCUGGAAUCACUGGACAUGAUGCAUCGAAUUUUGUUAAAGUGCAACUAGGCGAUCAAACAGACUCAAAGAUGUUGCUGGGGAUGUAUAGAUGUACCGACGUACCCGGUGAAUUUGUCUGGCAACCGGGUGUUCUCACGCAAGCAGUUAUUGCUGGCAAAUGGCUGCUUUUAGAGGAUGUGGAUAGCGCUGCUCUCGACGUAGCCAGUGUCUUGAGCAAUCUGAUGGAAACCGGAACGCUCUGCGUACCCGGCUAUCGCGAUACUAUUUACGCGAACAGCGGAUUCCAGUUGUUUGUUACUCAGCGAUUGAUGAUGUCCACUACAGGCAUUCAAAAACACGUCACAGGAUCCUCGAGUUUGUUGCAAAAACAUUGGCUGUGCCUAAACGUGGAACCCCUAUCCAAGGAUGAAUUAGUGACCGUAGUCCAAACGUUGUUUCCAGUAUUGAGCACUAUUGCUACUAGAAUAGUGGAUGUGUUUCUAUUGUUCUCUGUCGGAGAUCAUAAUAGUGAAAGUAAUACGAGCGAUGCUAUACUAUCAUUAAAAAUUGGACGACAGACGUCGACGCGAGAUUUAAUAAAAUGGUGUUCCAGAGCUAUCGUCGAUUUCGAUGUUUCAUCACCGGAUUCUGCAUUAAAAAUAUUUCAGGACGCUCUAGAUGUUUUUUGCUGUUCAGUGCAUAAUCAAGAGCAACGAUUAAAUUUGGCAACAGCAGUAGCUGAUAAACUUGGCAUUAUAAGAACAAAGGCGGAACACUUUUGCAAUGUGCACAAGCCAUCCAUAGCCUUACUUCCUGAACUUCUGAUAGCGGGCAGAGCGAAAUUGACUCGUAAAAAAGCGCAAUACGCGAGAAUAGAUAUAGAAAAGAUUAAUUUCUCUUUCACAAGACCUUCCGCGUGCUUGCUAGAGCGCAUAGCUAGCUGCGUCAUGCAAAAAGAGCCCGUAUUAUUAGUCGGCGAGACCGGUACCGGUAAAACGAGUUCGAUACAGUACCUAGCAAGGAGCACCGGUCAUAAAUUGAUAAUUAUAAAUAUGAAUCAGCAGAGCGAGAGCGCGGAUUUAUUAGGCGGCUACAAACCGGUAGAUCUAAAGUUUUUGAUCUUGCCUAUUCGGGAGGAGUUCGAGAUCCUCUUUCGCUCUUAUUUCGUGAUCGAGCCGAAUAAAAAAUUCCUCGAACACAUCGCUCUGUGUUUUAAACAGCAGAAGUGGAAGAAGCUUGUUGCUUUGAUGAAUCACAGUGCAGAUGCCGCUGUUAAGAGAUUGAGAGAAAAAUGCGAAAAAAACCUCGAUAAUACGUUCAAGAAAGAUACUUCGAAACAUUCCAAACGUAACAAAAAUUCUCAAGAGAAAUCCGAUCAAAGAAAUAUCCAGGCUGAUGCAGAUAUGCUGAGAAAGUGGGAAAAGUUGCUGGAGAAACUGAACAAGCUAGGAACUCAAGUAAAGAGUCAAUAUGCGCUGGCAUUUUCCUUUAUAGAAGGGAGUUUGGUCAGGGCCUUGCGAGACGGUUAUUGGGUUCUUUUGGAUGAAAUUAAUCUGGCGAACGCAGAGACCUUGGAAUGUCUCUCCGGUUUAUUAGAAGGCUCCUCGAAGUCUCUUUCGCUACUGGAGCGUGGUGAUGCAGAGCCUGUAAAAAGACAUCCCGACUUUACGAUAUUUGCCUGCAUGAAUCCAGCCACGGACGUCGGCAAGAGAGACCUACCGGUCGGUUUGAGAAACAGAUUUACCGAGUUUUAUAUUGAUGAGUUGACCGAGCAAUUGGAUCUUCAAUUACUCGUGAGUUCCUACUUGGCGGAACUAAAUUUACCACUGGAAAAACAUGAAGCAAUCGUGAAGUUUUAUUUAAAUGUGAGAAAGGAGGCUAUGAGCACGUUGUUCGACGGCACGGCGCAUAAACCGCAUUACAGUUUGAGAACGCUGUGUCGCGCGUUAUACAUUUCUGCGUCGAAUCCCUGCGGCAAUGUUCUGAGAUCUCUGUACGAAGCCUUUUCUUUGAGUUUCUUAACGCAACUGGAUUAUAACUCAUAUCCGAUUGUACAGAGAAUGAUCGCGAAAGCUAUCCUCGAUAAAAAUAAUAUUAAAGCAGUUCUUGGCACUCCUAUACCAAAACCGAGGUGCAGUCCGGAAGAAGAAUAUGUGUAUGUUGAGGGAUAUUGGGUUUUACAAGGCAGUCUAAUGCCCGAAACACCUAGCAAUUACAUAUUAACUGAUUCCGUUAGAAGAAAUUUAAAAGAUUUAGUGAGAGUCGUGUCUAUCGGGAAAAUCCCUGUUUUACUACAGGGCGACACGUCCGUGGGCAAGACCAGUUUGAUUACUUAUCUGGCAAAGAUCACGGGACACAUCUGCGUCCGUAUAAACAAUCAUGAACACACGGAUUUACAGGAGUACGUCGGAAGUUAUAUCGCGGAUGAGACUGGUAAGCUGGUGUUCAAGGAAGGUGUUUUGGUUGACGCGAUGCGCAAAGGAUAUUGGAUUAUCUUGGACGAGUUAAAUUUAGCCCCAAGUGACGUACUAGAAGCCUUGAAUCGGGUACUCGACGACAACAGGGAAUUGUUUAUACCCGAGACGCAACAAGUAGUAAAAGCGCACGAACACUUUAUGCUAUUUGCCACGCAAAAUCCUCCUGGAUUUUACGGCGGUCGAAAAGUUUUGUCGCGAGCAUUCAGGAACCGAUUUGUAGAAUUACACUUCGAUGAGAUACCACCAAACGAGUUACAGAUCAUACUUAAUCAAAGAUGCAGUAUGCCAGAGUCGUACUGCAAACAAGUAAUUAACGUAAUGACGGAUCUUCAGAUAAGGCGUAAGAGUACGGCGGCUUUUGCCGGUAAAAAAGGAUUCAUAACUUUACGAGAUCUAUUUCGUUGGGGCGAGAGGUAUAGAUUGGCGCCAGACGUAGGCGAAAAACUAUACGAUUGGAGUCAACAUCUGGCCGAUGAGGGCUAUCUUGUUCUCGCGGCUAAAGUUCGCAAAGCUGAAGAAGCGGACGAAAUAAGACAAGUAAUAAGAAAACAUUUAAAGAGAGAUGUGGAUCCUGACAGUUUGUUUACGCUGAACGACAGGACUUCGCCAGUGACGAGGCAUAUAUUGGAAGAGAUCUUGAAGAACAGUAUCUCCGGCUUCGGCCAUAUCGUGUGGACUUAUCACAUGUGUCGAAUGGCGGUUCUGGUAAAGAAAUCCUGCCAGUUUAAAGAACCGGUGUUGCUAGUCGGAGAAACUGGCGGAGGCAAGACUACGGUCUGCCAGCUGAUCGCAGCUAUCAACGGCCAAGCUAUGCGUAGCGUGAACUGUCACAUGCACACCGAAUCAUCCGAUUUUCUGGGAAAUCUACGACCUGUUCGAGAUCAUGCCGAGGAUGAUCAAAAGCUCUUCGAGUGGGUGGAUGGUCCUCUGAUAAACGCCAUGCGUAACGGGGAUCUAUUUUUAGCCGACGAAAUUUCGUUGGCCGACGAUAGCGUUCUGGAACGAUUAAAUUCACUUUUAGAGCCUGAGCGUAGCCUUUUAUUGGCUGAGAAGGGAAUAGAAUCUUCGCAUGGUGAAGAGAAUACCGUGAUUGUGGCAGACGAGAAAUUCGUGUUUGUCAGCACGAUGAAUCCCGGUGGUGAUUAUGGCAAGAAGGAGCUUUCGCCGGCCUUGCGAAAUCGCUUCACCGAAGUGUGGUGCGAAGGAUGUGUAGCCAGAAACGAUCUGCGCGAUAUAAUAAUACAUAACUGUUGCACUGAUUCGCAAACAAUGAGAGAAUCCGUUGCUACUGCAAUAUUGAGAUUUACCGAAUGGUUACAAACCACCGAAAUAGGCAAAAAGCUUACUGUGAGUAUACGAGAUAUGCUCACUUGGGUUGAUUUUAUAAAUAUAUCCACUAGCGGUACUCUGUUAUCAAAACUGACAAUCGGAGAAGCAUAUUAUCAUGGAGCAUGUCUCACGUAUAUUGAUAGUCUUGGAUCUGGUUCCACGGGUUCGGAGAGUAUCAGCAAAUUAAAAGAUUUUACAGAGGUUGCUCUCCGAUUUAUUAAGUCGGAAGUUGAAGAUACAAUAAAAUCUAAACUUAACCUGGAAACAGCAAACGAAUUAGAUGCAAACGAUUUAAAUGUUUUAAACAUAUUUGGGAUAUCACCAUUUUAUAUUGAAAAAGGCUCUUCUUGCGAAGAUUAUGCAUUUACGUUUACAACUCCCACUACGAAACUGAAUACGUUAAAGUUACUAAGAGCAUUGCAGUUAAACAAACCAAUUCUUCUGGAAGGAAGUCCAGGCGUAGGAAAAACUAGUCUGGUUUCUGCACUCGCAAAAGCCGCGGGACAUCCUUUGCUUAGAAUCAAUUUGAGCGAUCAAACGGACAUAUCCGAUUUGUUUGGUGCCGAUCUUCCCGUAGAAGGUGGAAAAGGCGGUGAAUUUGCGUGGCGAGAUGGUCCAUUCUUGCGAGCUUUGCGUGCCGGAUAUUGGAUUCUGCUCGAUGAAUUAAAUCUAGCGUCACAAUCGGUUCUAGAAGGCCUUAACGCAUGCUUUGAUCAUAGAGGAGAGGUGUACAUCCCCGAAUUAGGAAAGACGUUUUCAGUCAAACCUGGUACAAGGUUGUUCGGUUGUCAAAAUCCCUUGCGACAAGGUGGAGCCAGACGAGGCUUGCCGAGAUCCUUUUUAAAUAGAUUUACUCAGGUUGCCAUAGAUGCAUUAAAAGAAGACGAUUUGAAUUUUAUACUCAAUGUGCAAUUUCCACAACUUCCUGCAAAAUUAAUCAGUGACAUGGUGCAAUUUAAUAACAAAUUAGCGUCGGAAGUUGGCAUUGUAUGGGGGCACGCCGGGUCUCCGUGGGAAAUGAAUCUACGAGAUCUUACUCGAUGGUGCGAAACGAUUAUCGAAGCUGCGUCUAACGAAUUUUGUGGCAAUAAACAGAAUUUUAAUCCAAGUGAUAGUAUGGAACUUAUUUAUGUCAACAGAAUGAGGACUAAUGAAGAUCGACAAAAGGUCUAUCAGAUAUAUCAAGAAUAUUUUUCGCUUAAAAGAUAUCCUCUUCCACCCAAUCGACUGCCCAUGCACAUCACGGCAGACAAACUUUUCAUUGGUGACAUGACGUUAAGCCGGAAAAAUUGCAGUGAGCCACAGGACUUCAAUUUGUUAGUGCUCAGAGAACAGAAAAUGGCGUUAAAAAAUCUCAUGCAGUGCAUCAAAAUGAAUUGGAUGUCAAUACUUGUUGGUGCCUCAGGCUGCGGGAAAAGCAGUGUGGUUCGUUUACUUGCCGCUUUGACAGGCCAGAAGUUGAGAUCGAUUGCCGUAAAUUCUGCGAUGGAUACAACGGAGAUAUUAGGUGGCUUCGAACAGACGGACUAUAAUCGACAUCUUGAACAACUAUUUGAGCGCGUAGCGACUUUACUUACCGAGAGUUUGCAAAUGAAGAUAGUUAUCGACAAAUUAGAGCAAGUUGCCGAGUUUCAUGAACGUUUGGAGCAAGUCCGACACUUAUUCGAUGAAAAUGUCGCCGGUAGAACGAUGGCCGCGGAAACCAAACUGUUCCUACAUAAAAUCGAAGAAUUGUCGAAAUUGGUGUCGGCGAUGAAGCUUUGGGAGCCCUCCCGCGAAUCGGAGCUACGAGAUAUUGAGUCGAGGUUGAGAAACUUGUCGAUUUUCGUCAAGCAGGAUAAAUGCCUGAAUGCCGGUGGAAAAUUCGAAUGGGUGGACAGUGUGUUAGUAAAGUGCUUGCAAGACGGUACUUGGCUGCUCAUCGACCAGGUUAAUCUAUGUAGCCCUGCUGUAUUAGAUAGACUUAAUGGAUUGUUAGAGCCAAACGGUGUUCUCAGUAUCGGCGAACGAGGCGUUGAUAGCGAAGGCAAUGUCGUUACUAUCAAGCCACACGAAAAUUUCCGCCUAUUUCUAACCAUGGAUCCUCGAUAUGGCGAAAUUUCCAGGGCUAUGCGUAACAGAGGCGUCGAAAUUUAUAUACUCAGCUCCAGGGAAAACAUCGACGGUGAUGCAAUCGAUUUCAAGUCGCUGUUAUUUAAUGCCGGUAUCAUGAAGUCCGCGCAUCAGGACGCAUUACUCGAAAUUUACGACAGAAUGUCGGAGGAGAACGUCGCCGAGCGAUUUAGCGCGGUCGAUUUGUUACAUACCGCGUUCCUGGUGAAGCAACGAUCGUUGCGCGGAUUCCCCGCGGAGCAAUCGGUCAGGAACGCGUGUAUCGACGUCUAUGUAAAGACUAGACCGUCACGAGAUCAGCGAUUCAAAGAACAUUUGACUUCCCUGAUCGAUGAAACUGUCGAGCGACGUGUCGCGCGCAAUGAAGAAGUCUCGAUGAUCGAUUUGGAUGCCGCCACGUGGAGCAUCAAGAAUCUGCAAGACAAUUCGAGACUAGUUAUAAUCAGACAACACGGCUUGUUGUUGAACGCUGCUAUUAAAAUAUAUAAAUCGUCCUUGAAAUCCAAUUCAAGAAAUACGGGAAGAGAUAUCGUCACAACGAAGUUGUUGAACGACUUCUGCGAUCUUAAAGAUGAAAGUUUUACGUUGGACGUCGACAUUGCUGACAUAUUGCCGUAUCUCCUCUUGAAUUUUUACGAGCAAUCCUCGCGAGACGACGCACCACUCAGAAGGGAAUGGAUCUCUAAGAUGCUUCAAGAAAACGCGAUACUUGACGAACUUAAGGAGAUGAGCGUACUAAUGGCGAAAAUAAUCGCACUGUUUCGUUUCGAAUCUGCAAAUGCGAGAUGUUCGUUACCCUGGGAUUUAUGGCAGCUCAUCGGAAAAACGACAUUCGAUGAGGAGGACGAUAGUACUUCAAGGGACACGAAUAAGUUAUUACUGUUGCUAGUUGUGCAUGGUAUGAUUUUAAAAGAAAAUAUAUCGGAAAAGGAGUCAAAUAUAUUGGAGAACAAGGAUGUAAUAUCCGUUAUGCAAUAUUCCAGCCUUGUAAAUAAAGGUAAGCUACUUUCACAACUGAAAAAUCAACCGCUCAUAACGUCCUUCGUGCAGUUCCUUGAACAAACGAAUUCUUGUAUCAAUGCAAUUUUACAAGAUGCAAAUGUGACUAUCGAAGAAUACGUUGAAUUAAGAACAGAAUUGAGAUGGUUUACGAGAUUCGAAAGACUAGGCAAAAUGACACUCAUAGAUAAGUCGAAAAAAUCUAAAGGCGUAUUCGCGAAUUUGGAUCGAAUUUCUUUGUUACUGAGAGUGCAUUAUAAAUGGCUAAUGAAGUUCCUACGAAAGCUGUUUACAAUAACUAAAAAAUCCUUGAGCAACGAAACACUGAGCAAGAUCAAGCAGCUAUGGGAAAUCGUACACAAUACAAACAACCAGUUAGAAUCGAUGUACGAUCCUAUUAAGAAAAUAUCGAAGAGAAUCAAGAAGUAUUUGACACUUCCACCGCCUCACUCCACGGAAAUCAGCAUGGAAGUGCACUCGGGGCUGAUGAGGAUAACGAGAGACUUCGAUGUGAAAGACGAAGGAGGCAGCACCUUGAAACGAGAGCUGAAGAUCAUAUCCGUGCAAUUGAAGAAUGCGCUGGCGAUGAGACAGCAAACGAUCUCUUUAUGGAGCGACGUUUACUCCCGAAAGUCGAUCGAUGAAACGACAUUGCAGAUCGUCCACGAGGUGGAGCGAUUCUGCGACGAGAGCCACAUUCGUCUGCGAGUUCCCGCGGAAAUCGAGGAUGUUCUGAACAGGGUACACUCUCUUCCGGAGAAGGAAAUGAUGCAGUUAAACACGCGGAUACGGUUGUGGCCGAUUUACGAGUACGUAUUUCUGUCGCUCGCCUGUACUCUGCAAGGAGAGAUGUGUCGGGAAGCUACGAUUUCCGGUGUUGCUUUGGCCGAAUGCCUCGGGAGAUUCGCGGAUGUAGCCAGUAUACCGAGCGAUCUGAUGGGCUUGCUGAACACUAUGGCUCGAGUGGAAGUCGAGCGAGAAUCGAAACUCUUGUUGCUGCCAGAAUUAUUCUACUGCCUUACACAAUUUAUUCAGCGAUCUCAUGCUUUUAAAGAUACGAGCCGUCUUUUGCACUGGUAUGGUGUAACGGAGGAAGAUAUAGAAAAAUCAGUAACUUCCUAUACUGAAAGCAAGAUGGAAUGCUACGUCGGCGGACCAGUUCUCUUGAACUUAGUACUGCAAUUAAUGUUGAAUAAGACAAAUCGAGAGAAAGAAAAAAAUGUUCUUCCCGCGUUCGCGCUCGGAACAUAUAAGGCGCAAGAGGAUCAACUGCAGUUGAUAAACGAAAUUUUAUGGCGCAAUAGUAUCUCAUUAACCAACAAACGAUGCGAUUUAAAUAAUAGCGAUUUAGCAACGUUGAAGUUUUACUUGCACUUAUAUUCGUCCACAAUUAAGCAAAUAAACAUGGAGUACAUACACAACCUGAUUACGACCACUAUGAAAAAGCAAGGCGGAAUUGGCUCGGACGAUAUUGAAUGCAGACUGUAUAGCGAUUAUCUCAAGCCAGUGGAAGAAUUACAUGAAACGUACAACGAAAUAAAUAAUGGCGAUGAAGAAGAAAAUACGCUUCUACGUGGAAGAGCAUGGAUGAUAAUCGGUUACAUACAACUAAUGCUCUUUGGCAAUUUGGAUUUGAUUGAUCCCGUGCAUAAGGUGGAACUGAAACUCGAAUACCUAGAGGAGGACAUCGCUGAUUGCAGAAAAACGAUAUAUGUUACAACAUUGCAGGAUCGUAUCCUAGGGAUAUCCGCGGCGAAUGAGCAAACCCAUCCAAGAUUCGCAGCUACGAGAGACUGUGAAAGACGCUUACUGAAAACAAAAAAUGAUCUCAGUUGUCUAAGAGCAUUUAGGCCAUCAUCUGUCGACUUCACUUGGCUCAGCAAAGACUGCGCCGAUUUCAGAAAUAGAGUAGGUUCUUACACAUUGGUGAAGAAGCAUAUUGACAACCUGUGUAUGAUCGCGGGCAAGAUCAGCCAAGAUUGUGAAUUAACCGAUCUGACAAUUGCGGAGACCGUUUCGCGAGAGGCGGAAAUCUGGGGUUUAUCGGUGCAACGAUUCACCGAACGGAUUAAGACGAAGUACUUGUCGGCUUUCCCAGACGUGAUUCUUCCGUUGCUGACGGCACUGGCUCAAUUAAAUCACGGCGUUUCAAUACUGAUCAACGAGAUCCGACGACUGAUAUCUCUGCGUAAAAGCGGAGUGGCCGAUCUUGAGUCUUUGGUAUACAACUUAAUCCAGUUCCCGACAAUUGGCGAACAGCAGGAGAAUCUUUUGAACUUAACUAGUUUAUGCGUUUCAAGGAACAUGAGGAGUUUGAUCGGCGAGAGUUCGUGUUCCAUGGACACGUUCGUUAGGAUGCAGGAGCAGUUUCGUAUAUUUAAAUCAGGUUUGCACGAAUUGCAUAAUCACGUGAUUCUCAACAAAAUUCUAACUAGAUCGCUAUGGCGAGAUAUGAACGAACUGUUGCAACAGAUAGUUCUGAUCUGGAAGCAGCAGAAACAGGAGGAAGAAAAACGGGCUGCGGAAAGGGAUAGUCUAUAUAAGAAUAAGAUGGAGAAUUACGGCGACUCGUUGACAGAGGAGGAAGAACUCGCUUUGGAAGUCCGCAAACUGUUCCCAACGCACCGCGAAAGGGACUUUUACGAUAUAGAGGAAGAUGCACAACCUUCCCUCGACCAGAAAAAUGCGUCAAUAAUCCAAUCGGACGAAACGGAGUCGAGCUUCAACGGUCUCAUUACCAAAGAUGAUAUCAAAGAGAUUCAACAGAUUCACUCGAAUAUCGUCACAUCUUUCAUCGCGACUAAGUGGAUAUGCAACAGCCCUGUUCCGACGAGUUCAACGAAUUACAUCGAGCCCCUGAUUCAAAGAUACAACACGGUAUACAAUAUAUUUGACAACAUAUUGCCGAGUUUGAGCGAAAAACUUGCGAUCAAACUGUACAAUAGCUUGAACUUUCUCGUUACUUUGGGGUUGCAAACGAGCCAAGAAAGGAUCAGCGGGGAUCAGAGUUUGUGGGAGAGCACCGUAGGACGAAAGAGAACGUACGAUUUCUACAAGGAUUCUAAUGUGAAGGAAGUGACGCAGUGCCGGUCAUUGUGCGAGAGCAUCUUGAAUCGUGUCGAUCAACUGCUAGAGGAAUGGCCGGAACAUCCUACUUUGAGGUCAAUACGAUGCAUAGUAGAAAGGAUUUAUACGUUCUCGAUCACUUCACCUGUGUCUAGAUUUCUCACAGGUUUGGAGUUACUGCUCGUCAAGAUGCACCAAUGGGAGGAGAACGCCCACAGCGGUGUCAGCAUGGUAAAUGAUGUGUUAAAAUUAACGCAGCAAAUAAUAUGUUGGAGGCAACUGGAGCUGUCCUGCUGGAAAGGUUGUCUCGAUACGACAUAUGAGAAUCUCAGAUCAGACACGUCUAAAUGGUGGUUUUUCUUGUAUGCGUUGAUCGAGAGUUACAUUACGAAAGCCGAGAACAGUAACAUCCAGAAAACAAAUGACGAGCCUAUUACCAGGCAAAAGUUGGUAGAAUCGCUAGAGCGUUUCAUGAAUGAAUCGUCCCUCAUCGAGUUUGAAUCGCGUUUGAAUCUUCUCUUGACAUUCCACUGUCAUGUGUAUUACUUCGAUGACAGCGACACCAAGAACGAGUUGUUGGCUGUAUUAUGGAACGUGUACAAUUAUUACAUGCAAUUUGUAGAUGAUGUAAACGCAAAGAUCGCUGCUUUGAAAGCGCCCAUCGAGAAAAAGCUGAAGGAUUUCGUGAAAAUCGCGCGAUGGAACGAUAUCAGCUAUUGGGCUGUGAAAGAGACGGUCGAGAAGACGCAUCGCACUCUGCACAAAUUCGUAAAAGAAUUCCAAAAUGCUUUAAAGCAAAAUGUGUCUUCUUCCUUGACUGUUAAAUCAGAAUCUUACAAUACAGAGAUGAACAAAGGCAUCUGGGAUGAUGGGGAACAUCAUAAGCACGCGAUAGAUCCUGAAGAUUUUACGGUAGCAAAAUCUGUACGAUCUGUAGACGUAGAAGUACAAUUCACAAGCGGGCUUACUACACGAACAGGAACAUUACUAACAAGGGCCAGGUGUCUAUGCAAAGAGAUAAUCUUGGCAAAUUCUUAUUCACACGUACGAGAAGAACUCGAAAAUUUUAUCGAAGACUACAUGGAGCAGAGUGCGCGUCUUCGAGAUAUGAAUGUCGACAGAAGUUUACCGAAGAAUAAGCAGAAGUCUCAAGCGAAGAGUAUCUUGCAGCAGAAGAAAAUGACACUCGCCAAUUAUUUCAAGACGUUGACUCAAAUGGGAAUAUCCUACCGCACCGGUAUACUGGCAUUGAAGAAUAAUACAGACAAAGUGAUAGAUUUUACGGUAUCACCUCUAGAUUUAUCUGUAAUCGGCCAGUACUUCAAACUGAAGAAGGUCGAUCAGAGUAUGCUGACGCAGUGGAAGGAUUGCGAGAAGUAUUAUUACAAGUCUCUUAUUAGAUUGAACGCGCUUAACGCGAUGCUGAGCACAAGCCAGACCGACCUGGGAUUGCAGAAUAUAGAACGCUGCCGAGGGUAUUCCGCGCACUUGAUGUUGAUGGCCCACAAGCAGAAGACGACGAUUGUUCAGUCAUUUGAUCGCUUCUUGUCUCUUCGCGUACAUGUUGCAAAUCUGUCCGAGACACACGAGCAGGAUCUGAAUAUGCUGAGACAGAACAGAGGCCAAUGCUGCGCGGAGAACCUAAAGACGUUACUGAUUACGUUGGAAGUUGGAUUCGAGCAGCUACUGCUAUUUCUGCAAUGUUGUCCUCUUCCCGCGAAAUCGUCGACGGAUCUAAAUAGAGCUGCACUUACAUUAAAUGCAAAUGCGUUUCCUAUAAUCGCCGCCUCUCAAGAUGACGAGGUUUGGAAGAAUGCGAACGUUUUGCUGAAGGAUAACUUGAAUUCAGUAAAGACUAUCGCAAAACGUUUCCACACUUUAUUCAUGCCAUUUGAAGUUUUAUCGGUAGAUCAUCCUGAACGUUCCACGCAUACUUCACUUUUAAGUUCGAAGCAUUUUGAAUUCUUGAAGCAAUGCUAUGCGACGAUCAAAGACUUAAGAAUGCGAUCUAAGGAGUUAAAACGACUGUUUGAGAACUUGGACGUUAUGCAUCCUAUUUGGGAAAAUAUAGCAUUCUUAGACACAAAGAUGGAGUGCUUCCUUCAUCUCUUUGAAAACUUGCAAGAAUCUAUGGAUGUCGAAAAUGAAGAACAAUUGAAAGAAAAAAAUCGCGCUAUCGAAUUAACUCUGGAACUAAUACAGACGAUAUUGCUUGUAAUACAGAAGAAAAAUAAAGAUAUCAAGAAAGAUAUGCCGCAUAAGAAACCGAAUGAGGAAAAUGACAUAGAGAAAGAAGCAAUAGAAAAAUUGAAUGUGAAACUUGUUGAAUUGCUCGAACGAGAUAUAAACGAAUUAGAACUAUCUAAUAUAUGCAGUUCAUUUUCCAAUCUUUUGUUAACGAUACGUGAAUUCGAUCUGGAAUCAGCAAAUUGUUGUAACAGGUUACUCCUAAAAUGUUUACCUUUACUGGAGCAAUAUAUCUUGCUCGUUCAAUUUUAUUUAAACGAACAAGUGGCGUUAUUCCGUGUCACGUGCAAAAUAUUAUAUCUACAAUUAAACGUAUUCUUAGAUCUGGCUGCAAAUGGAUUUUGCGUACCAAAGGAUUUAGAUCUCGAGGAAAGCGAAACGGAUGACUCGGCCGAGAAGACAGAGAAAGGUGGAAUGGGUUUAGCUGAUGGCGAAGGAACGAAAGACGUUUCCGAUAGAAUCGAAUCCGAGGAUCAGCUUGAGGAUGCAAGGCCCGCGGAUCAAGAACAGGAGAAACAAGAUGAUAAGACUUGUAAGGAAGAGGAGAAGGGAAUCAACAUGUCUGAGAAUUUUGACAGCGAACUUCAAGAUAUGGAGAAGGACGACAAUGACGAAGAACAGAGCGACGAUGACGAAGAAAACGAUUUGGAUAAGGAAAUGGGAGAAACGGGAGAAGGCGCUGAGCAGCUUGAUAAAGAAAUCUGGGGUGACGAUCAGGAAGAAUCCGGAGAGGAUAGUCAGCCGGAAAAUGAAGAUGAAGAGGAAGGCACGGGAGAACAAAUUGGUGAGAAGGAAAUGGGCGCGAAAGACGAUAGAAAUAAAAGAAAGCAGGAUGAUGACGAUAUGGAUAAUGAUGAUAAUCAACAAGAAGAAAGCAAAAAGGAAAUAAACGAGUUGAAUGAGCCAGAGAUAGACGAGGAUCAGAUUAAUCCAUAUCACGGCAAGUUCCAACCUCAACCAGAGCCGGAACCACUUGAUUUACCGGAAGAUCUGAAUCUGGAUGAGGACGGUAAGGAAGACAAUGGUGGCGAAGAUGAAAAUCCGUUCGAUAUCGAUGAGAUGAAGAAACCACCGCCAGAAAAGCAAGAUAUAGAACUUGGGAAAGAAUCUGAAGAAACUAAAGAAGAUAAUCCUGAGAAAAACUCUAGCGAGGACGAGGACGAGAACGAUAAUACUGAUAAGGAAACCCAAGCGCAAAAAGCAGAAGAAGAGUUCGAAACUAAUAAAGAAGCUGAAGAAACAAAUGAAGAGAACGCGGCAGCUGAGAGCAAUGAUGAAGAGCAAAAUCAGAAUAAAGAAGCGGAGGAAGAAAAACUACAGGAGAAAGCGGCGCCGAGUGCAAAUGAUGCGAGCAAGGAAAUGGAUGCUGCACAACAAGUUGAAGAAACGACAGAAGGUUCACGGGACACGGUAACGCAGCAACCAGACGCGAAGGAUCAGCAAGAAACAUCAGCCGAGAAUACUCAAGAGGACAGUAAUGAUAAAGGCACAGGUCAAUCGCAAUCAGCACAACAGGAGAGCGGACAUUCAGGAUCAUCUAAGCAAGAAACUGUUCCGGCACCACAGACCAAGGCACCACAGACCAAUGCUACGACGAAACCAGUCGAAAAGAGGAAGAACCCGGGCGAAAGCAAUGAGGAUCGCAGUCUGUUGGAUAAAUUUGAACCGACAUUGAAAAAGUUGAAGACGAUCUACACGCAAGACGAAGUAUCAAGAGAUGAGGAGGACGAGACGAACAACGCUGAUGGCGACAAAGCUGAGAUGGCUCAACAUAUCAAGGAUUCUGAGAGAUUCGACGAUUACACGCUUGACGCAGCGACGGAAGAUCAGGUCAAACAACAAGCUUCCAAUACAGAUAAGGAUAAAAAUGAGGAAGAGAAAAAAGACGAUGAGAUGGACGUAGAGAUGCACGAGGAUAAGGAGAACGACGUAGCAAAUGAUAAAAUAAAUGAGCAAAAACCUGAAAAAAUCUCUGAGAUUGCAAAUGAUAAAUAUAAGCAGGAUUCUGAUGGUAAAGGAAACAAUAUAGAAGACAAUCAAAUAGAGACAGCGAUCGAACUAGAGGGGGAAACAGUGGAAACAAUGAAAGUGCAGAGAGGAAACGAGUCUACAUUUCAUACGAUGGAAUGGAGCAUAGAAGAUAAUGAUAUUGGUUCUGGUUAUGCGGAAAGAAAACGAUUCGAAGUGGAAAGGAUGUUAGACGAAUGGACGCAAGUGCCCUCUACGGAGGAAGCUACAGUGGCGUGGAAUUGUCUGUGUUCAGUCACAGAUGCGGCCGCUAGAGAUUUGUCUGAAAAAUUAAGAUUGGUUUUGGAGCCUACGCAAGCAUCGAGACUAAAGGGAGAUUAUAAGACAGGCAAACGCAUCAAUAUGCGAAAGAUUAUUCCCUAUAUAGCUAGUCAAUUUCGCAAAGAUAAAAUCUGGCUCAGACGUACGAAACCUUCGAAACGUGACUAUCAAAUUGUCCUCGCAUUAGACGAUUCCAACAGCAUGGCAAAUAGUCAUUCCAAAGAAUUGGCUUUCGAAUCUUUAUCGUUAAUCAGCAAAGCUAUGACAUAUUUGGAAGUGGGGCAACUUAGUGUCAUAAGUUUUGGAGAACAAGUAAAAGUGUUACAUCCUUUAGGAGAAGCUUUCACAGAACAAAGUGGAUCUAGGCUAAUACAAGAAAUGAGAUUUGAUCAAAAAAAGACGAUGAUUGGGCAAUUAGUCGAUUUUACAGUGGACAUGUUCGAAAGUCAGCGUGCUUCAUCCGAUAACGCUAAACUGCUAGUAGUACUAUCGGACGGCAGAGGGGUAUUUUCAGAGGGAAGAGAAAAAGUGAAUUGUGCUGUCAGGAGAGCCAGACUUGUUGAUAUUUUUCUAGUGUUUAUAAUAGUUGACAAUCCAAUUAAUAAGGACUCAAUAUUGGAUAUCCGUAUGCCUGUGUUUGAAGGAGGAAAAUUGUUAGAAAUUCGAUCAUAUAUGGAUAAUUUCCCAUUUCCAUUCUAUAUGAUUCUCAGAGAUAUAAACACAUUACCUGGCGUUUUGAGCGAUGCCUUACGCCAAUGGUUUGAAGUAGUUGGUAAAAUUGAUACUUGAGCUUAUAAAUAUAAUUUUAAUUAUUCAAAAUUUUUAACUUUAAGUUAGUAUAAUAUAU